AUGGCCCAAUUAUCCGAAAGUGAAUCUACUAAUCAAUUACCAUGGAAUAUUGUCCCUUAUCAUAAAGCUGGAAAUUCAUCGAAAUUUCCGUUAGUCCGUCCUAAGGAAUCUGAACGAAAAUUUGUUAGUCCUAUUGUUGAAGAAGUUAUUAAAAAGAUAACUUUGAAUAUGAAGGAUAAAGAUUUGGCAAGACUAUUUGAAAAUUGUUGGCCAAAUACUUUAGAUACGACAAUAGCUUGGACUGAUGAUAGUAAAGGUUAUCCAAGAACAUUUAUUGUCACCGGAGAUAUUCCAGCAAUGUGGUUGAGAGAUUCGACAAAUCAAAUUAUUUCUUAUGUUCCCUAUGCAAAAGAUGAUGAGAAAUUGUGUAAACUUAUCUUGGGUAUCAUAUAUAUGCAGGCCGAAUCUAUUGUCAAGGACCCAUAUGCGAAUGCAUAUUACGCUCCACCUGAAUCGAAACUUUCUCAUCCAAAAAAUCCAUGGUCCACUACUGACAAAUCAACUCCACCUUCUUCAAAUGUCACAUGGGAAAAGAAAUGGGAACUUGAUUCUUUAGCUUCUUUCCUAAAAUUAUCUUAUCAUUAUUGGUCUCAUACUAAAGAUAACGGUUUCCUGACAAGUAAUAUUUGGCUAGAAGCUGUUUCUACGAUUUUAAACAUUAUGGAAAAACAACAAUUAGGUACAAUGCAAGAAUUUGGAAAUGCUGCUUAUAUGUUUUCACGAUUGACAAGAACUACAACUGAAACUUUGAUGAUGGAAGGAAUCGGAGCUCCUGUUCGAAGAACUGGUCUUGUAAAAUCACAAUUUAGACCUUCUGAUGAUAGCACAACGUUUCCUUUCUUAAUCCCAGCAAAUUGUUUGGCUUCAGUUGAACUCUCUCAUCUUUAUGAAAUGAUUAAAUGUACAUCGCCUGACAUUGCCAAGCAAGCUAAUGAUUUAUCUCGCACCAUACAUGAUGCCAUUUAUUCCAACGCAAUAAUUUCGCAUAAAAAAUUUGAAAAUGUUUUUGCAUAUGAAGUUGACGGUUAUGGUUCCUCGAAUUUAAUGGAUGAUGCUAAUAUACCAAGCCUUUUAAGUCUGCCUUAUUUAGGAUUUAUUGAUAAAAAUGAUAAAACUUAUUUGAAAACAAGAGAAUUGAUUUUAAGUGAUUGGAACAAAUUUUGGUUUGGCGGAGAGAAAUUACACGGUGUUGGAAGUCCACAUACUGGAUUAGGUUAUAUUUGGCCUAUGAGUUUAUGUAUGAUGAUUUUGACCUCAUCAAACGAUCUAGAGAUUUUAGAAACCUUACAGAUAAUUAAAGAAUCUACUGCCAUGACCGGAUUAAUGCAUGAGUCUUUUUUUUAUAAUAAUCCAAAUAAUUAUACAAGACCAUGGUUUGCUUGGGCAAACGGUUUAUUUGGCGAAACUAUUUUACACCUUGCAAAAGAGAAGCCUCAUUUAAUUAUAGAUGAUUUAGAUGAUUUCAAGUUUUAA